CCCAUUUCCUUCCGGGUGUAGCUGCACGACCCAGAUUGCCAUGGUUUCGACGAUAGGACGUUGAAAAGGCGUGGAUAAUAUAACACUCACCAUAAAUUACACUUCCGUUUUCGAUGGCGCGUCUAAUCAAGGUGGUGAAGGCACCUACCAUGUCAAAGACUAGUGCGAAGGUGACUUAAUGCUUUCCGAAGAUUACAUUCGAUUGUUUAAUGAACCAGUUUUGUCUACAAAGCAGUCGAAACUCGCUCGAAAUUUGUUUGCCUGUGAUCUGAAACUUCUCCCUGUAGGAGACCACAAAUUAGCAUGCUAACAUUUGUGAUGUAACUUUUUUGGAGGCAAGCGAUCGUUUAAACAAAGCUUGUUCCAUGCACUGAGUUUACUUUCGCUUUCGACUAGUGAAGUUCGGCUGGUGUAAACAUGGCGGUGGAGAAGAGGGGGGUCGGGGUGGAGGUGCUGGGGGUCCCGAACUUGUUGUCUAAUGAUCGGACGAUUGAUAAACUCCUGAUCCACUUUCUGAGACCACGGAACGGAGGUGGGGAGGUGCGGCGGGUCAUCUACCCGACGAGUGUACCCGGGCAAGCCCUGGUCAUAUACGACGAACCAGACGACGCUUCACGCGUCCUACAAAAGAGCCACCAUGAACUGGAAUUUGGGGACCGAAAAUAUCCCGUGGAGGUGAAACCUGUCGACAGACCCGAGCUUGACCUGCCAGUGGAGGCCACCCUGAACAUAGGCAUGAUCGAUGAUAAGAAGGCUCUGAGUCGACUUAUUGACAUGCAUGGCCUUAAGAUCAUCGGCAGUCGAGGCAGCCUGGUACGAGUUCAGGGCUCCAUGAUGAUGCUGAGGUCGUUCAAGGCCGAAACCCAGAAGAUGCUGGAAGCACAGACCUCAAACCUGACCCGACCCUCCUCAUCCUCACUGGGACAAAGUAUGUCGCCCCCUGGUGCCGAUUCCAGGAACUCCAUCAAUGGCAGCUCAGCGCAAGCUCAACAAAACCACCGGAGAUCCACAGAACCACGUUCCCUUGACAGCCCUUCCCCUACCCCCUCUUCCUCCAGAUCCUCCUCCUUAUCAGCGAUUGGUCCAGGAGACAGUAGGCAACAAAACCCCUGGAGAUCCACAGACCCACGUUCCCUCGAUAGCCCUUCCCCUACCCCCUCUUCCUCCAGAUCCCCCGUCUCCUUACCAGUGAUUGGUCCAGUAGACAGUAGGCACAUGCCUCCCAAGAAACCGCCCACUGAGACCUUCAUCUUGUCCUCAGUCGUGUUGGACUACGCCCAGCGCCUCAAAAAGCUCGGCAUGGACGACAUCCUGCAGGGCCAUGGCGUCGAGAUGGAGGCGGUUGCCAUGGAUACCGACGUGAGCGGGGUCUCUGUAACGGGGUGGCGCGCACAAGACGCCGCGGCCGAUCUCCGACGAUUUUUGUCCAAGCUCCAAACCGAGCUACACGUCCGCCAGAUUCACCUGAGCGACCUCAGCCACGAAGUCCAAGUGCGCAUCGGCAAGCGCAUCCAGGAGCUGAAACACAACUACCCGUCGGUGCUCAUCAGACAGAUGGGCGGAGCCGUCCACCUGAUUGGACCGCGGUCGUCAUGUGACGAGCUGAAGGAGAGGGUCAUGCAGCCGAGGCCUACUGAGUGGCAGCCGCUGGAGUACGGGAGGAGAACGGGGAGGAGUCAGGAGGAGGAAAGGAGUCGGGAGAAGGAAAGGAGUCGGGAGAAGGAAAGGAGUCAGGAAAGAUCGACCACGCCAAAGAGGCGGAGCCAAUCCGUGCCGAGAAAUAGGACGGGGAGAAGGGAUGAGCUAGAGGGCGAGGCUACGGCUAAGCCAGCUCCGCUGCCUUCCCUCGGUGGCGGCCAUUCUUGGCAGAGAGCCAGGGACCAAGGAGACCAAGUAGACCAAGGCGCCGCUCGGACACCAGAGGUCAAAGGUCUAAGGGGAAGGAGCAACUCCCUGACUAGGACCAGCGCUAAGCCAGAAAAGACCACCAACCACGUGAGCCCGGAGAGAACAAACUCAAAACCCUCAAGGGGUCCAGUUAUAAAGCCCUGCUUAUUGUCUCACUCACCAAUGGUUAAAAAACAAUUUCAUUUUUAGAGGUAAAAUCUUGUCAACUUGUUCUUAGGCAUGAUUGUAUCAUAAUGGUUCAUGUUCCAGUGAUUAAGUAUGUCUUGGUUCUGUAUCCUUCCAUCUGCGGUUUGGUUGUGUUAUUGAUAUUGAAGUAACCUAGCAUGAAUGUGAAGAUAAUCAGUUUGUAAAUUGUACCUAGCUUAAUGUAACUUCAUUUUUGUAUAAUCUACACUUUUCAUUCUACAUUCAGACAUUGUAAGGGUAUGGAUCAAUGCACUGAAUCACCAUAUACUCAUUUAUUCCACAACACCAGAUACAAAUAAUCACUUUUCAUUAAGAGAGGGUCCAAUUAAAAUGCUUUAACAUUCAGCAAAUAACAUAAAUUGCCAUUAAACCUUUCAAAUGA